AUGGCCGCUGCCCGGCGCGCAGCAGGAAGCAGGGCUGAUGGCUCGCUCUUGGCCGCAGGGCAAAAGAAGGAGCUGCAGGAGCUGUACCAGCUGGGCCCGCAGUUGGGCAGCGGUGGCUUUGGCACCGUUUUCUCGGGGACCCGCCUCUCGGACGGCCGCCCGGUGGCCAUCAAGCGCGUGGCCCGGGAGAGCGUCCUGCAGUGGGUUGAGUGGCCCGACGGCAUCCGUGUUCCCAUGGAGAUUGCCCUGAUGGAGAAGGUGGGCUCUGGCUGCCACAGCAUCAUCCAGCUCCUGGACUGGUUCGAGCUGCCUGACAGCUUCGUGCUGGUGCUGGAGCGCCCGGAGCGAUCUCAGGAUCUCCUGGAGUUCCUGCUGGAGCAGGAGGUCCUGAGCGAGGAGACAGCCACCGACUAG